AUGAAGUUCUCCACCCCAAUUGUUCUUGCUGCUGCUGCUUCUGUCGUCGCUGCCGACCUUUCUUCUGGUGAGGUUUACACCACCACCACCGUCGUCACCAACAAUGACAUGACCUACACCAAGACCAACACCCAGACUUACACUGGUCAGGAGACCACCGAGCCAACCGCCGGUACUUACACUUACACCAUCUCCAAGCCAAACGGUAACAAGAUCAUCACCAACACUUACGGUCAGGCUACCACUGUUUCCACCAACAAGCUUGUCUCCGGUCCAGAUGAGACUUACUCCAGACCACACACUGCUGUUGUCCACAAGUCUGAGGUUACUGACUGGUACUCCUCCGUCUCUGCCCACAACAACGGUGAGACCCAGGCUGCUUCUUCUUCUGGUUCCGGCUCUUCCGGCUCUUCCAGCUCUUCCGGCUCUUCGUCUUCUUCUGACGGUGCUGGUAACGCUUUGCAGCUCGGUGCUGGUGUUGGUGCUUUCGGUGUUGCUGCUGCUUUGCUCUUCUAA